AUGGGCACCGGUGCAACGGGCGUGCAAAUCAUCCAAGAGCUCGGUCCACAGGUGGGAUCAAUGGUCGUCCUGCAACGGUCUCCCAACUGCGCUCUGCCCAUGCGCCAACGAGCCCUCGAGGUUCCCCUUGAUAAAUCGAACUACCGCGACAAAUUCGCAGCCAUGCACCUCUCGCAAACGGGAUCUGAUUACCCGUGCAUCGAGCGGAACGCAUCAGACAAUACGCCCGAGCAGCGACUCGCGGUCUACGAGAAGCUGUGGGCGAUGGGCGGGUUUGCCCCUGCGCAUGGGAAUUACGCGCAUUUCAUGACGGAUCUGGCGUCGAACCAUCUCUUCUACGCGUUCUGGCGGGACAAGGUGCAGGCACGGCUUCCGGCAGAUGAUCCCGAGCUCAUUGAGAAUCUUGCGCCGUGGGACCCGCCGUAUCCAUUUAGGACGAAGAGGCCGUCGCUUGAGCAGAAGUUCUACGAGGUGCCUGGGCAGGAGAACGUCGAGCUUGUCGCGCUAAAGAAGAAUCCCAUUUCACGGGUAGUCUCAAACGGAAUCGAGUUCCAGGAUGGGAGAGUGAUCGAACUCGACGCGCUGAUCCUCGCAACGGGCUUCGACGCCGUCACCGGAAGUUUCGCUCGUGUGAACAUCGACGGCACACACGGCCAGACCCUAAACGGCGAAUGGGCCAUGGGCGCACGAACAUACCUCGGAAUGGCAACCUCAGGCUUCCCAAACCUCUUCUUCCUCUACGCUCCACAGAGCCCCACGGCGUUCGCGAACGGGCCGCUUAUCUCGGAGAUACAGGCCGAUUGGAUUAUCCAGACGAUGGUGCAUAUGGGCGAGCACGGAUUGUCGACCGUCAACGUAAGGCCGGAGAGUGAGCUCGAGUGGGCGCGUCUUACGGAUGAGGCGUGUUAUCGGACGUUACCGUCGCAUAAUAAGACGAGCUGGUAUAUGGGUGGAAUGUGCCUGGGAAGCGGAGGGAGGCGCUCAACUAUAUUGGGGGGGAGGGGGGGGUGUUCCCCAAGUAUCAGCAGUUUUUGA